UUGUAUAUAUUAGCUGGAGGACAAUUUUAUUCAUAAUAUGUUCAUUAUUUUUGGAGGUCUAGACUUUAAAGCCCUUUACUGGAGAAAAAAAACUUGUUAAUGCAUAUUGAAAUACACUGUUAAUUUCCUGUUAUACACUAAUACCUGAUAAUAUUCCUGCUGUCAGAUUAAUAAAACCAAAUAAAAAUAAUAAUAAUAAUUAGUGGUGGUUGACCGAUAUGGUAUUUUUAACAGCCUGCAGGCCGAUAUAUCACACAAUUUAAUAUAGUAAAUAACAUAAACAUAAAAUUGUUAAAAAAAAAUUAUUUAGAGCUGUAGUUACUUUUAGUUUCAUACAAAACUUUAACUUUUUAAAAAGGAAUCUAAGAAAAUGAUAUUGUGUUUUAAAUGGUAGAUCGCAGUUUCUUCUGAUUUCUGUUUAGUCCUCAAAUUUCAGUUAUUUAUUUGCACAUGAAUUAACAGUACACACAGUAGUCCAGCAACCAUAUAUGCCAUUUCCACGUUAGCAAUCACAUUUACCCAAAAAAAUACCGAAUCAAACCAAUUGUAAAUACGGUGCAUGAUGAAUAAGACAUUUAGUUAUUGCACACGUGAAGCGCUUUUACUGUGAAGUUGCACCAGAAAGUAUUUAGCAGAGAUGGGCCACUUCUGUUCAAAUUAAUGGGUGAAAUUUUAACGCCCAACUGCAGCCAACGGUCAACAGAUGUAGAUAGUAGAUCCCGCCUUACAGUUAAAAUAACUAAUCACCUUUUAGAUACAGACAUUGCCUGUCAAUCAAUUUCAGAUCGUGCAUGCACAUUAGCUAUAAAAGCUGAAUUGUUUUUUUUUUUUUUGCCUAAUCUGAGGUAAAGAAGCACCAUUUAUGAUACCUGUGUUGUCAGAUUUUACUGCUGAUUUGAAAUAUGUUCUUUGAUCGUAAUCUUGUCCAACCGAUUUGGAGAUUUCGGUCUUUCCCCAUUCAAGUAGAUCAGAGCUGCACUUUCAUGAUUGGACGUAGCCCCUCGAGAGCGUUCCAAACACUGACAUACUAGAGAGACUUUGUUGCGCUCAUGCAUUCAUGCGGAUCCAGAAAUCUCCUGACAGUUUAAACAGCCUGGAUCGCCUGCUUGGAUUGUGACCACUGAACAUCAUGAUUUGUGAAUCAGAGGAACUUUUGAUCCUGAUCCUGAGGUUUUGAUUCUGGCUGAUCUUCAGAGGACUAUAUUAGACUCAACGGGAAGAAAACGAGGGAUUUUCACGAGAUUCGUCAAUUACGUCUAUUUAAACAAGAUAUCUGCAUAUUUGCAGAUGGUAUAUAAUAGAAGUUUUAUUGAUAUUUGCCUUUUAUCAUUAGAAAAGUGACAGGGAACUUUUGAGGAGAGACUAUUAAAAUAUGUGUUUUAGAGGAAGAUAAAUUAGCACUUCACAGGAUGCUGAAGUUGUGUGAGGUUGGUUUAUUACAUCUGUUUAAAUGAGAUAUGUGCAUAUUUGCAGACGGUAUAAAAGUUACAGGGAACUGUUGAGGUGAUAGAGUGAGAGUGAAACAGAGGAGCUCUUUAACAUAAUGAGCUCAAACGCAUCUAAUGUGGUUCUGAUAUGUGGACUGUUUAAAUGACUAUGUGCUCUAACAUGAUGCACACACUAAGAAAGCAAACUGUGACUGGUCGUUUACAUGUAUCAGUUGCUUUACAUGCAAGCAGGUGAUUUUCAGCACCCUCAAGAAACAAAUGGCCAGACAGGAAAAUUAAACGGCCUCUGCGAUAUAUUGGUCAACCACUAACACAAAGCACACAAUUAUAUUUGUGCCACCUCAGAAAUAUAGUUUUUUGGGGGUAAUUAUAUAAUAAUUUUUUGGAGUUCAGAUGUUCAUCAUGAGAGAGCAGGUGGAUGUGAUUCAUGCUGGAGAACAGCAGAUGCUGCAGACACCAGUGAAGAUUGAAGUGAAGCAGGAGAUAAAAGAAGAAAUCACAACAGAAGAACAACAAAGAAAUGAAGAUGAUAAUUUUAUUCUGUCAGAGUUGAUGGAAGUGAAAGAGGAAAGUCGAGAGCUGAAUGAAGUGGAGGAGAAACAUCAUGAUUUCACAACUGGAGGAGAAUCUUUGAGUGGCUCAUACACUAAAAAUAAUUUCUCACUAAAAAAGACUCGAAGAAGAGCAGCCAAAAAUACUUUUACUUGCUCUCAGUGUGGAAAAUCUUUCAGAUAUAAAAGUGAUCUUAAUGAACACAUGAGAGAUCAUACUGUAGAGAGACCUUACAUGUGCCAUCAGUGUGGAAAGAGUUUCAUAUGCAAAAGCAAUCUUGAUACACACAUGAGAGUUCAUACUGGAGAGAAGCCUUACAUCUGCUCUCAGUGUGGAAAGAGUUUCAUUUGUAAAAGUAAUCUUAAUGUACACAUGAGAGUUCAUACUGGAGAGAAGCCUUACAUGUGCCAUCAGUGUGGAAAGAGUUUCACGUGUGCUGCUGGUCUCUCUUAUCAUCUCCGCUGUCACUCUGGAGAAAGACCAUUUGAAUGUGAUCAGUGUGAUAAAACAUUUGUUGGGGAAUCAUGCCUAAAACGACACCUGAAAGUGCACACAAAUGAGAAGCCUUACAAGUGUUCUUGUGGAAAGAGUUUUACAUGCCUGUACAAUUUGAAAGGGCACCAGAAAAUACAUACCGGUUUGGGGACUCAUAUGUGCUUUGAAUGUGGGAAGACAUUUAUUACAGCCAGUAACUUGAAACAGCACCAAAUAAUUCAUACUGGAGAGAAACCUUACAAGUGCUCACACUGUGGAAAGAGUUUCAUUCAGUCAGAACAACUGAAAACACACGAGAGAAUUCAUACUGGAGAAAAACCAUACAAGUGCUCACACUGUGGAAAGAGUUUCACUCAGUCACAAAAUCUGAAAACACACGAGAGAAUUCAUACUGGAGAGAAACCUUACAAGUGUUCACACUGUGGAAAGAGUUUCACUCGGUCAGAGCACCUGAGAACACAUGAGAGAAUUCAUACUGGAGAAAAACCAUACAAGUGCUCACACUGUGAAAAUAGUUUCACUCAGUCACAAAGCCUGAAAGCACACGAGAGAAUUCAUACUGGAGAGAAACCUUACAGCUGUUCUUCAUGUGGGAAGAGUUUCAACCAAUCAGCUCAUCUACAGCUGCAUGUAAAAAAUAAUUGCACAACCUGUCACAGAGAGCAAGAAUCAUCUUCAUGUCCAUCAAUAUCAAGGAUGGCGGAGAGUGCCCUUAAAAGCAGCCAAGCAUGCCAGAGAAGACAGAACGAAUGUAUCAUGAGAGAGCAGGUGGAUGUGAUCUGCUGUAAAUCAGUAGGAACUGAUCUGUCCAUGCUGGAUAUUGAUGAUUUCAUCACAGAAAUCUCUCAGCUGAAGAAAGAGGUGACGUCACUGAAGACAAAACUGAAGGAGAGAGAACUGUAUUCAUCCUGCACCUGUUUUGAGCGAGUUAAAGUUGAGAUUAUGUUCAUCAUGAGAGAGCAGGUGGAUGUGAUCUGCUGUAAAUCAGUAGGAACUGAUCUUUCCAUGCUGGAUAUUGAUGAUUUCAUCACAGAAAUCUCUCAGCUGAAGAAAGAGGUGACGUCACUGAAGACACCAGUGAAGAUUGAAGUGAAGCAGGAGAUAAAAGAAGAAAUCACAACAGAAGAACAACAAAGAAAUGAAGAUGAGAAUUUUAUUCUGUCAGAGUUGAUGGAAGUGAAAGAGGAAAGUCGAGAGCUGAAUGAAGUGGAGGAGAAACAUCAUGAUUUCACAACUGGAGGAGAAUCUUUGAGUGGCUCAUACACUAAAAAUAAUUUCUCACUAAAAAAGACUCGAAGAAGAGCAGCCAAAAAUACUUUUACUUGCUCUCAGUGUGGAAAAUCUUUCAUAUAUAAAAGUGAUCUUAAUGAACACAUGAGAGAUCAUACUGUAGAGAGACCUUACAUGUGCCAUCAGUGUGGAAAGAGUUUCAUAUGUAAAGGCAAUCUUGAUACACACAUGAGAGUUCAUACUGGAGAGAAGCCUUACACAUGCCAUCAGUGUGGAAAGAGUUUCAUUUGUAAAAGUAAUCUUAAUGUACACAUGAGAGUUCAUACUGGAGAGAAGCCUUACACGUGCCAUCAGUGUGGAAAGAGUUUCACAUGUCCUGCUGGUCUCUCUUAUCAUCUCCGCUGUCACUCUGGAGAAAGACCAUUUGAAUGUGAUCAGUGUGAUAAAACAUUUGUUGGGGAAUCAUGCCUAAAACGACACCUGAAAGUGCACACAAAUGAGAAGCCUUACAAGUGUUCUUCUUGUGGAAAGAGUUUUACAUGCCUGUACAAUUUGAAAGGGCACCAGAAAAUACAUACCGGUUUGGGGACUCAUAUGUGCUUUGAAUGUGGGAAGACAUUUAUUACAGCCAGUAACUUGAAACAGCACCAAAUAAUUCAUACUGGAGAGAAACCUUACAAGUGCUCACACUGUGGAAAGAGUUUCAUUCAGUCAGAACAACUGAAAACACACGAGAGAAUUCAUACUGGAGAAAAACCAUACAAGUGCUCACACUGUGGAAAGAGUUUCACUCAGUCACAAAACCUGAAAACACAUGAGAGAAUUCAUACUGGAGAGAAACCUUACAAGUGCUCACACUGUGAAAAGAGUUUCACUCAUUCACAAAGCCUGAAAGCACACGAGAGAAUUCAUACUGGAGAGAAACCUUACAAGUGCUCACACUGUGAAAAUAGUUUCACUCAUUCACAAAGUCUGAAAGCACACGAGAGAAUUCAUACUGGAGAGAAACCUUACAGCUGUUCUUCAUGUGGGAAGAGUUUCAACCAAUCAGCUCAUCUACAGCAGCAUGUAAAAAAUAAUUGCACAACCUGUCACAGAGAGCAAGAAUCAUCUUCAUGUCCAUCAAUAUCAAGUAAAUAGUUUGAAAUUCGGAUAAAUGCAAGGAUGGAAUUUCUCUCAAAAGGGCAGUAUAAUCUUAGGCCCUGAUUGCACCUGGCAUCAAGUUGCGUUUCAUAUCUGGAUAUAUAUUAGCUGGAUUUGAUUUACACAUUGCAGUCAAAUGCGCCCGUUGAAGUGAACAUUUCCUCAGCGAUCUGUCCAAUUGCACUCAUACGCCUCCAUUGUUUAACCCAUUAACUCUUAAAUCAUCGUUUCUUAUUGGAAUAGUUUACCCAAAACUGAAAGUUCUAUGGAAGUAUAUUAAUGACAAAUAGUUUUGACAUACUGAAUUG